AUGGGAGGCGAUGGAAGGCUUGGCCUCGGGGAUGAGUCACCCAUGGAUAGCGGUGGGGAUUUCAAUGUCAUUGCCUCGAGCGACGAACGGGAAGGGGGAGCCCCGGCCAAUGCCCACAACAUGGAGGAAUUCAAUACAUCUAUGUUCACCUGCGGUCUAUCCGCUUUAGCUUUUGACGGUUCCAGGUUCACAUGGACUAAUGGCACGCUUCAUGAGAUUGUGGCUUCGACAUGGGAAACGCAAGUCCAGGGGAUAGGUAUGGGCAAGUUCUUCAAGAAGCUGAGCGCGGUGAGGAAGGCUCUGAGGCGGUGGAAUUGGGAGGUAUUUGGUAAUGUCACAUCUAAUGUACAGCAGACGGAACAGGUGUUGCGGCAACGGCAGAGGGAUUAUGAUCGACGACAGGAUGAGGAGUCUAGGACUCUUCUGCAUAAAGCCAGAGCACUUUUCAACAAGGUGCUAGCGCAGGAGUGCGCCUUUUGGCAUCAGAAAGCAGGGGUUGGGUGGCUCCAAGAAGGGGAUGCUAAUACGGCGUAUUUUCACUCCCUGGUCCGACAACGUCGCAAUGUGAACUUCAUUUCAUGGAUCAGGAUGGAUGAGGGGGGAUGA